AUGUCGAAGCUUCAACCUCCCCCGCUUGCAGCUAUCCCUCCACUCAAUAUACGUGAACAUAUUUCCCGUAAAGAAUGGGUGGUGUAUUUGAAUUCAUGGAUUUCGUCCAUUGAGUUUCGGCUAAGCCUCUCAGAUGCACAAUUCGAGAUGAUUGCUUCUAGAGACUCUCAAGCUAAAUCGUUUUUAUCUUCAUAUUUCAAUUAUUCCACCACUAGUUCUGGCCCGGGUGUAAACACGUUGCGCCGCUUAUGUUUCCUUUUAGGACGGCGUCUACUACUAUCCGGUUGUCAUACACCGGAGCUUUUCCUUGACUGGCGCUUCCUCGGCGGGUUUUGCACCGCCUUCAAUUCUUGCGCUGCUCUCCCAGGGCUUCUCGGGGAUGUCUGGCAACGAACUUCCAAAGAACUGACGUCCAAAAUUGAAAGCGGGAAGCUAGACAUUAUACAAUUUCUUUCCCUGGAAAAGGGCGAGGUUGAUGCUAGUGUUCUUGUUGACAUGCGGCACUUAACGAUCCUCGCGCUCUUUGUUCCAGAUGUCGGAUAUUUGCUUAUGAUAGGAUCUGAUUAUAUUGAUGCAAUGGUUGAGACAUACCAAUGUAAGAAGAAUGAACUAUUGCAGAAUGCUAUAGUGGCCAAUAUGUACGUGGCAUUGUCCUCGCUGAUAGCCCUAGAAUCUCCCGCCAUAUCCUUAUUUUUGGAUCAGCUUUUCAACCUGAUGUCCAAUCCCGACAUUAUUACAAAUGUGUCGGAGGGUCUACCGACACUUCUUUCAGAUCUUCUUUGCAAUACCGCCCUGCUGAAGCGAACGGAUACCUUUUUUGCGGAACGAUACUCGAAACGUGCCACAGAUUUACUAUCCUCCUUAAUAUCAUACCAAAGGAGGUGUUGCAACAUAUAUACCGCUCCCCGACCCUCUCGCAAUAGGGACAAAGUGAAGAAGCGUGAAACCGAAACCAAUGAGACCCACGAAUUCCAUAUCAACAAAAUACCUUUUGUAACACGGGUUCUCGACCUGUUUCCAGAACUUGAACCCGCAUUCGUCUCCGCAGUGCUUGAUUACUACUCCGGUGAUACUGAAGUUGUUAUUUUGCAUCUUGUAGAAGAUUCUUUGCCCUCCCAUCUCAAGACCAAUCUCUUGAAUCAGACUCACUAUUCCCAUGACCCACCAAACAUCAAGCCACAACUCAGUCCUCCUUCGUUUACUCGAAAAAAUAUAUUUGAUUAUGACGAACUUGACCGAUUAGAUAUAUGCACCGACAAAUUAUUACACCUCGGCCGAGCAAAGGUUAAUUUAAACGCGGACAGUAUGCCAGCAGAUAGGUCUGGCCUUUUAGCCAACAGAACCGCCAUUAUGUCUGCGCUUGCAGUGUUCGACUUCGAUGAAGAUGAACGCGAUGAUACUUAUGACAUUGCAGAUGUUGGUGGGACUAUCGAUGCGCAGAUCAGUUUCGAUCCCGAGACCCCUCGGUCUUUAAAUAGUGGGAUAAAUGAAGAGAAAGAGUGCUUUCUUUUCAAGGUCUAUAAAUCCGACCCGAGUCUAUUCAACCGUGAUGCUACAACACGUCGGUCACCACAACGGUCCUCUCUUCGAAAGGAUACGAGUUUAACCGACGAAAUUAUCGAGGCUUGGGGAACGAUGUUAUCUAGAGAUCCCAGGCGCAAAGCCAGGAUUGAACGUGAUUACGCGCUUUCCAUGGGAGUGUUCGAAUCCAAUCAACAUGAUUUAAAUCAACAAGGCGACGAUGAAAAGGUGCUUCGUGAUAGUAAUGGAGCAAAACGCGCCGUUCAUGGAAAUUGGCGGAAUCGUAACUUUGGACGCCAGGAGGAUAGCGCUUCUAGCUCUCAUAGUUUGAGACACUCUGUGAUGGCAAAAGAUUCUAAGAAAAGAACAUAUGCAAAUUAUAGCAGGCGGAUCCAACGGGGAAAAAGGAUAACUGGUGAAUAG